AUGACAUCUAUGCCGUAUCACGCCUUGCGCAGGACGCCGCAUACACCGCACUACGUCAACAUGUCUGCUGUAACUAGCGCUUCUGCACAGGUCGUCAAAGGCUCGUCACCACUUUGGAUCCGUUUCCUAAUUGGAAUUCUACGAUUGUGGUUCUUCGUCUACGACUGUCUGAACUACAUUCCGUACCAACUGUUCAACUCUCCCACAGAGAAGUUGCGCAAAGCAGUAUAG